UGGUUUGAGUGCAGAGGAAAAAGUUUCUCUUUUUCCUGCAAAGAAUGAAACCGACCCACAAGGCCACAGGAGAAACAAUCAUCAAAAAAAGCAAAGAGAGGAACAAACAGUGUUAAAGUUUGUUCCUUUUUCACUUUGUUGAGGUGUUUCUGUUUGGGAAUUCUCUUUAGGAAUUAAAACAGUGGCAGUGCACUCAUUGUUCCUCUCUGGCAAGUUCCUGCUCACUGGUUCCCUUGAUGCUUGACACCGGAGCCUUCACUCAAUCAUGUUAAAGCAUCCGUGGGCAUAAAAAUAAGAGAUUGGGAGAUGGGUUUUCAAGGAGGUACCAGAAUAGCCCAGUUCUUGGUGAGUUUUUAGCGCCUUGGGGGUUUCAAGAUUCUAUUUGUUGGGUAUAAAGAGUGCCUGUGCUUGCCCGUUUCUAGAUAAGAUUUAUAUUUUUUUCCACUUUAUCGCCUGGGAUUUGAGGCUUUAAGCUACAGUUAGGAGAUAGGAAGUUUAACUUUGAAGAUUGUUUUUUUUUUUUUUGGAGAUAUUUUUAAAUUUUACUUUCUUCCUUCCUAUAAAUUAUAUGUUCUUGUUAUUUUGUUGAUUUUGAAAUAAAAUUUCUGAAUUUUUAUUCAAUUUGGAAUAAGUUGGGAGUUUUUGUUGAUGUGGGGAGAAUAAAUUUGAGUUCAAGAUUUUCCAUGUUUUAGAAACUGGUUUCUCUUCUGUUAAUAUACUGUUUCUGGUAAAUCAUGCUGUAAAUUUCUUGCUAAAAAUGGCUGAAAUUAGAGUUACAAAGGUAGAGCAAAGCCAAACCAAGAUUAGAAAUGUUCCAAUUGCUGUGACCCCUGAAGGAUUUUGGUGUUGUCCAUCUCCUGUUGUGUUCCAAAAGACCCCAAAAGCUCCAAAUCCUCUGAACAAGCCCAAAUCCUCACCACCGCCCAAGACAACCGUCCAGAAGAAACACCCCCCAAUGACAGAGAAGAAACCAACAACCACCCAGACAAGAUCAGGUGUUGUUUCUGAUGAUCAACAAACUUUUGGCUCAGAAAAUCCCGCUACUGCUGCACCUGUGGUGCCUGAGAGGACACCGAGGCCUAAGAUAGAAAAUGUGCCAAGGAAGGUGGCGAUUGAAUUUGGUGAACCUGGAACAAGUGAUAUGAAGGUGAUUCUACUUGGAAAGCAAGGGUUUUGUGUGAAGUUGAGUGUCCACAGGAAAGUUCUAGUGGAGAAUAGCAGAUUUUUUGCCGAUAAACUUUCUGAACAAGAGUCUGGUUUACCUUGCCUUGAAAUCGAUGACUGUGAGGAUGUUGAAAUUUAUGUUGAAACUGUGGGGCUGAUGUAUUGUAAAGAAAUGAAGCAGCGGUUGAUCAAACAGAGUGUUUCACGUGUACUCCGCAUUCUGAAGGUUGCUGAACUAUUUGGGUUCAACUCCUGCAUUCAGACAUGCUUGGAAUAUUUGGAAGCAGUUCCCUGGGUUGGGGAAGAGGAAGAAGAAAAAGUUGUCUCUUCAGUUUUGCGUCUUCAGGGUGAAGGUAUUGGGGUUACCCCAGUAUUAAAACGUGUGUCCUCUGAUGUCUCUAAUUCCCCAAGGGACACAAUUUCACACAUAAUGGAACUUGUUCUUAAAAGCAAUGAGGAGAGAGGGCGGCGUGAAAUGAAAUCGGUAGUACUUAAGCUUCUUAGAGAGAAAAACAGUCUGCCAAGUAAUGCAGGUUCGGCUGAUGUCUGCAAUGAAACUAUUUACACAUCAUGCAGAAGCUGCUUGAAUUCACUGCUAUCUCUAUUCAAGCAGGCAGCUGAGCCUGACUUCAAUGAUAAGCCUGGGGACAGCAAAGAACCUGCAGUGAAGCAAAUAGCAAUAGAGGCAGAUAAUCUCUCAUGGUUGCUUGAGAUUUUGAUUGACAGGCAAGCGGCAGAUGAAUUUGCUCUUAUGUGGGCUAGUCAACAAGAGUUAGCAACCCUACACCCGAAGCUGUCUAUAGUUUCCCGAUACCAUGUUAGCUGCAUUACAGCUAGGUUGUUUGUUGGAAUUGGUAAAGGGGAGCUGUUACCAGUGAAGGACACUCGUCACUUGUUGUUACAAACAUGGUUGCAUCCAUUAAUCAAUGACUAUAGCUGGUUACAACAUGGUUGCAGGUCAUUUGAUCGGAAAGUAGUGGAGGAAGGCAUUGGUAGGACAAUUCUGACACUGCCUCUAGAAGAUCAGCAGAGUAUUCUGCUUGCUUGGUUGGGCAAUUUUUUGAAAGCUGGUGAUAACUGCCCAAAUCUUCAGAGGGCCUUUGAAGUCUGGUGGCGCAGGACUUUCAUUAGACCUUAUGUAGAUGGACAAGGUAAUCCUCCCCAGUCAGAUAGCUGAGCAACUUCAAAUAGUUAAAGAAAUAUAUUUAUGAGUGAGAUUAAUCAUCCUGUAAAUUGUAGAAUUGUCUUCUACAGUUUGUGGAGAAUUCAAUUCAACUUAAGCUAGCAAGGAACUGAGUGAGAAUAAACAUCUUAUUGAAGGAUUUCUCCAUUAGCAAGAGCUGACAUGACAGAGACUCCUUGAAUGGAAGAUGUUAGGAAGACAUCAUUUGAGUAAUUUCAUGCUGAACUUUUCGACUGGAUUGUGAUUGGAAUGCAUGAAAAUUACUUUGGAUUGAUGAAUUUGGUUGGUACAUGCUAUGAGUUAGAAAUUUUUAGGAAGAAAUGUAUUAAGGUUGUUGCUUUCUGUGAUAUUUCCUUGUACUUUGGCAUAAGAUAUGGUAAUACAUUUUCCUUGUGCAAAUCCCUCUCUUCUUAGGAGAAGCUAUUCAGUUGUGGUCCCUGUGAAAUGUGAAUUUUUACAGAUUCAUAUAGCAAGCAUUGCCGAUAAAACUCCUUUAAUGAU